AUGGCGGAUUUUCAGGACAUGAAUGCUAACCUGAGAUUGGAAACAUCCCAGGGAUUAACCACAGAGGUGAAUGAGGUGCAGGAAAAGGCCUCUGUCAUGAAGAGUAUGCCAGGUCUACUCAAGAAGGAAAAGGAGAAAGUGUCUUAUUUAAUGGACGAAGCUCUCAAGACCAAAAUCCAGCACCAGGAACCAGAGGGCCUGGCAGAGGGAGAGGUUGUUGUUGGCAGUGCUGCAGCCAGUGACAGGGCUUCUAACAUUACGGCCAAGAAUUCCCACCACACAGCUCAGAAAGCUGCAUAUAGCAGGCCCAAGAAAGCUCCGGGCCCUGGCCAUGAAAAGACCAAAAGGCCCAGAGGAAACAAGUCCAAGAAAUGCUUUUCUUAUGAUCUUGCCCUUGCCUGUAAGCUGGACUAUGAUGAAGAUGCCAGUGCAAUGCUGAAGGAAGUUCAACCGAGGGCUCAGAAAGUUGCUGAACAUCGGAGAAAGUAUGAGCAAAAACGUGAAGAGAGAAAGAUAAAAGAAAGAAUAGAAAGGGUUAAGAAGGCUCAAGAAGAGCAUGAGAGAGCCCAAAGGGAGGAAGAAGCCAGACGACAAUCUGGAGCUCAGUAUGGCUCAUUUCCAGGUGGCUUUCCUGGUGGAAUGCCUGGAAAUUUUCCUGGAGGAAUGCCUGGAAUGGGAGGGGGCAUGCCUGGAAUGGCAGGGAUGCCUGGACUUAAUGAAAUUCUCAGUGAUCCAGAGGUUCUUGCUGCAAUGCAGGAUCCAGAAGUUAUGGUGGCCUUCCAGGAUGUGGCCCAGAACCCAGCAAAUAUGUCAAAAUAUCAGAGCAACCCAAAGGUUAUGAAUCUCAUCAGUAAAUUGUCAGCCAAAUUUGGAGGUCAAGCCUAAAGCUCAUUUGCAAAAGCCCUUGCUGGAGGAAAAGCAACCUAGAUCACUUAAUGGAUGUCGCAAUAACACAAACCAGUGUACCUCUGACCUUCUUGUCAGGAGAGCUGGGGUGCUUUGAAGAAAUUCCCUACCCUUUGUACCAAAUGCAGCUGAAGCAUUUUACAAUGAUUUGCCAUUAGGGUAUUCAUGCAGAUAAUGUUUUCCUAGGAGGAAUUACAAACUUUAAACACUUUUUAAACCUUAAAAUAUUUAAAACAAAUUUAAAGUGUGUUAAUUCCUACAUUUCUCUUUACUAAUAAUCCUUUUGAGUUUUUACUUUGAAUUACUGGGCAAGGAAGAUGAGUAUGGGCGAUUUAUUGCUCUAAUGUGAAUAAAAUAAAGGGUUUUUUUUAGUGGGAAGCCAAACUCAAUUAAGUAGAUUGAGCUUGAGUUGGACAUAUGGUUACUGAAACAUUGUGAUUUGUCUUUUUGAAUGUUUGUGAAAAAUGAUUUAUUUCAAUAAAACUAUUGGGACCACCA